GUGUGUGAAGGUGACACCGUGACGUCACCUGCUGUAUUUAAGUAGACACUUUCGGCUGUUAGCUUGCUGAAUAAAUGAAUGAAUGAACGCAUGAAUACACGUUGAUAGCGCGAUGAACAUUGCGGCGGUGUGCGCGCUGAUCGCGGUGUUGUCGUGCUGGUUCGGCGCGGAUCUGAUCUCACUGCUUGGUGCGUUUGUUGCAGACGCGCUCGGCGCUGCCAUGCCGGAAGCGGAGGGAUCAUGCCGGACUCCGCAGGGUGUCCCCUACAGCGACCUGCCGCACAUCAUCAACGCUGACGGACUGCACCUGUUCUGCCGAUACUGGGAACCAGAAGCACCGCCGAAGGCACUGGUGUUUGUGGCACAUGGGGCUGGAGAGCACUGCAGUGGGUACGCCGACGUCGCUCAAACACUGACCCAACACUCCCUGUUUGUGUUCUCUCAUGACCACGUGGGACAUGGGCAGAGUGAAGGAGAGAGGAUGAAUAUUAAAAACUUUCAGAUCUACAUCAGAGACUGUCUGCAGCACAUCGACCUGAUAAGAACGCGUUACCCCAGCCUGCCUGUCUUCAUCCUCGGCCACUCGAUGGGUGGCGCCAUCUCUAUUUUGACUGUGUGUGAGAGGCCACAGGAUUUUGCCGGUGUGGUUCUGAUUGCACCCAUGAUUCAGAUGAACCCAGAAUCUGCCACACCCUUCAAGGUUUUUCUUGCUAAAGUCCUGAACCAUAUGGCUCCCGGCCUCUCUAUCGGCUCCAUCGAUCCCAAGUUGGUCUCCCGGGACCCAAAACAGGUACAGGCAUACGAAUCAGAUGAGCUGGUUUAUCAUGGAGGUCUGCGCGUAUCAUUUGGGAUGCAGCUGAUGGCUGCUUCAAGCCGCAUCGCAACAGAGCUUCCCAACAUCUCCUGGCCUUUCCUGCUUCUGCACGGAACUGCUGACAAGCUCUGUGAUAUCAGGGGAUCUCAUCUCAUGCACAACCAAGCUAAGAGCACUGACAAAAAAAUUAAGGUAUAUGACGGAGCCUACCAUGCCCUGCACCAUGAGUUGCCUGAGACAGCGGAGUCCGUCCUUCAGGAAGUGAUCACCUGGAUUAUCGAGCGUCUUCCUGCCCCAUCUGGGCCUUAAAUGUCUGUCUUCCCAUUAACCUCUUUUACUAGACCCUACAUUUCUGACUAUUUUCACCUCUCUCCUCUCUGUUUACACUACUACUCCUGUUGGGGUGUAUCCAAAUUCAACUAUGUUCAUUAUUAACAAUCUAGGAGAGGUCAGGGGUCACCACUCUUUCACCUUUGGCAACAAGGUCUAAGCUUUGAUGUAAAGUCUAGAGUGUCAGGCUUGUCUUUUUAUCUCACUCCACACUUUUGUCACCACGGGGUGCGAUUCACAUGUUACUGUGUCACUCAUUGGGAGCCCCAUAAUGAACACAUCUGCCCCCAACACCCAGUCUUUCUUCUAUGUGUUGCCACGGUAACAAAGCAGGUGCCCUUUGUCCUCCUUCUUUUCUUUGAUGUUAGGUCCUCAGUCUGGGUUGAGCUGCUGUGCUGCGACUCUGCUGCCCCCGCUGGAAAACAGCGGCACUGUGGACUUCAAUCAUCCCAGUUACCAUGGCAACACUAUAAAAUACUAGCAGGGAAAAAUGAACCAAUUAUAAAACAGGGUGUCAUGGUAACCAAGUGAGAGAGGACAGGGGAUAGAGAGUGAUAGAUCUGUUUGUGGAGCGAUGUUAACUGGAUGUUCAGUGAGAGGAAUGAAUCAGUGAGAGGAAUUUCAGAGCAUGGCAGCUGUGAGGGAACACCCUCAAGUCCUGAUCAGUCAUAUAGAUUAAACCCACGCACAAUGCUUAUGCAUACACACAAGUGGCAAACACACCACCACAAACAGAACAUUCAAUUGGCUUUUUAUUUAUGAUAUGGCAAUACGUCGAACCCGUACUAUCUGAGUCUUGUUUGCUCUUGACUGAUUACUGUUUAAAUGACUUCAGACUGUUCCAUUGCCAUGUAUUUGGGGGGAAUUGAGGUGGCGAUGACUGUUCUCUAACAUUGUGUCAACAAGCUGAAUGCUGAAUGAUUGUUGGCAGUUGAUGCCUCCUCACAGAACCAGAAAACAUCAUAUCCCUAACUUGCAUUGUUACUGAUCUGCAGCUUUGUCUAUCAAUUACUGUUAAUCCAGAAAUCUACAUAUUAUUGCAAUAGUUUUAUGUUUUUAGUGACCUAAAUGUGAGUUGGCAAUCAGCCUGAAAAAAAAAAAAGAUUUUUAGAAAGAGAAAAUGUGAUUUUAUGAUCCACUAAUCUCAGUACUUUCUGAGCACUUAUGCUGACAAAAGGGAUGUUGGUUACACUUUCUUCUAAUAUUUUAGAGGAUAUUUUAUGGUUUAAUAAGGGACAGAUUUUCUGUUAAACUCAUAACUUGUCUAUUAACAUUGAUUUGAAGACCCUGUUAUUGACAGAAAUGUCUUAUGGGAUAUGUGGACACAUUUACAAUAUAUUAUUAGUUGUUUUUUUUUAAUAUUUGCACAAUAAUGUAUAUACAUUUGCAUUUACACUAUUUUCCUAAGCACUGAAGUACUUGUAUAUCUUCUUUGUUCAAGAAGAAACCUUUUAAUUAUAUUAUAAUAUUGUUUAAAAGGAAUGUAGUAAAGGAUGUACAAAAUUAGUUUAAUUGUUCUGGUUCCAAAAGAAGCUGUUGUAGCUUAAUUUUCAGAUUACUUGAGUUUAUUUAGGCGUAUACAUAUUAUAUUUGAGCAGUUUGGAUGAUAUUGAAGAAAGGCUGUUUUUUUCCUAUUGCCAAAAAACAAGAAAUAAUAGCUACAAUUUUCUAAAUGCAUAACAGUACCAGAAAUAACAAAUAUCUAUUUCUCACAUUUCUAUAUUUAAAAAGAAAGAGACAGACAGUACAUUUAUGAGCUCCCAAGGCUUUAUAAUCUCUGAAAUUCUAAAAUCUGUAAAAAAAAAAUAAUAAUAAUAAUAAUAAUAAUAAUAAUAAUAAUAAUAAUAAUAAAUAAAUAAAAAUAAAUCCUAAUUGUUUCUUUUACCAGGUCAGCUAUCUUACCAUGCUGGCUGAGCUGUAUUGCUUUGAGCCUUGUUUUAUAUUAGUUGGAUAUUCUAGUCCCUUUUUUUGGCAAAUAACACAGGUGCUGAUCAUCUGAUGCACAGGUACAUCUAGUAUAUGCAAAAUUGAUCAGAAUACUUUUCAUUUGAAUUUUAUCUAUAGCACUCAGCUAAGAUUCAGUGGUCAAUAACAGAACGUUCUUCCCCAUGCAGAGCCUCAUGCUCUGCACUUUGUACAUUAAUCUGGUCUCAGGGAGCGUCUUUUAGUGCAGCUAAUUUCACCCAAUUAAUAAAACAUAGUGAAAUGUUCAGCAUUGAUUGGUAUACCAUCCAAUUUAAAAAUGGGUCAAUAAAAUCCAUUAAUGAUUAACGGGCUAUAAUAAUAAUAAUAAUAAUAAUAAUAGUAAUAAUAAUUUCUAUAUAAGCAUUACUAUCUCGAGCGAUGUCUUUUUGUAGAAAUAUGAAUAGUCAAUGCGAUGAUGCUUUAGAACUCAUGACUGUUUCUGUAAACAUUCACGAAGAUUUGUGGACAUGCUUGAACAACAUAGUAGCAGAAGGCACCCUAACAGAUCCAGAAAAAGAAACCAUCUCAUUACUAUGAGCUGCCAUGUCAGAUUACAUUACAACAGCCUUGUCCUUGCAUGCAUCUGUAAUAAUAAUACACCACGUAAAAUGCAGAAUACUCUCAUUCUUGAAGUCUGAUACAGAAAUGUACAACUUUGUGUUUGCAGUAAUUCAGAAACAACGCUAACAGUAGCUAGUAAUCACUGGAUUUGCUCUGUCACAGUAAAGCUCACAGGCAGCAUGGCUUUCAAAUCUCCAUCUACCAGUGAUCACCAGCUAUCGGUGGUUUAUGAUUGGUCUUUUAAAAUCCAGCUGGGCAGCACUGUAGGUAGUACUACUGCACCUUUUAAUAUGAUUUCCAGCCUUUGUGCAAGUCUGGUGUGAGAAGGUUUAUAGACUACUGUUUGUAUAUGCAUGUAAAAUAAACUUUUUAAUUUCUACUAAUGAUUGUAAUAUAAUUCAAAGAACAAUAUUGUGAUUGAAUUGUUUCAUUUUGACAUUAUGGCCAGUAGAUAAAUAAAUGAAGACUGUUACAAGA